UUAUCAUGGCGGAUUUCGGUUCUCCGGGAACGCCAAGUAGACAUGAAAAAUCUCUCGGUUUAUUGACCACGAAAUUCGUUAGUUUGUUGCAAGAAGCCAAAGAUGGUGUCUUAGAUCUCAAAGUGGCAGCCGAUACGCUAGCUGUACGCCAAAAACGACGAAUUUACGAUAUAACGAAUGUACUUGAAGGAAUUGGACUGAUAGAGAAGAAAUCGAAGAAUAGCAUCCAGUGGAAGGGUGCAGGACCCGGGUGUAACACAAGGGAAAUAUCAGACAAGCUUGUGCAUUUAAAGGGAGAGUUGGAGAGACUGGAAGACAAAGAAAGGGAACUCGAUGAGCAAAGGCUGUGGGUCCAACAGAGUUUAAAAAAUGUCUCUGAGGAUCCUGAAAAUGAGCAACUUGCUUAUGUCACCUAUGAAGAUGUAUGCCAUAGUUUUAAAGGAGACACUUUGUUGGUCGUCCAAGCUCCAUCUGGGACACAGCUUGAGGUUCCAAUUCCAGACACAACUCCAAGUGCCCAUCAAUCUAGGAAAUUCCAGAUCCAUUUAAAAAGUCAGUCAGGUCCUAUACAUGUGCUGCUGGUAAACAAGGAUGCUGCAGCAAACAACCCUGUGGUGACGCCUGUCCCUCCACCAGCCAGUGAUGUCAACUCGAAUGACCAUGCAGUAGUGAAGGAGGAACCCAUGGAAACUAACGCUGAUCCUAAACAUGCUAAUGAUAUCAAUGCUAAAGUGGGAGCAGUCAAAACUGAAGUGCUUGAGAGCAGCAGGGCUAACGAGCUCAAAGAAGUGGCUAAUGACAUAAUAUUUGGAAAUAAUCUGAGAGAUACCAGUUUUGCUGAAGAAGUUAUGGAUGAUUUUAUGUCAGCAGAGGUGUAUGCACCUUUACUUCGUUUGUCACCACCGCCAGGAGAGCAUGACUACUACUUCAACCUAGAUGACUCUGAGGGCGUCUGUGAUCUAUUUGACAUUCCAAACCUAGAUAUGCCUUCUCCGUUAGCAGGAGCAAUGGCAUCCACGUAAUAAAUGGAUCUAUAUAAACCUGUACCACUGUUCCGCUAAUCCUGCUUUUGAAGUGGUUGCAAUCUGGUUUGAAAUAUCAACAUAUGUGUCCAUUACUUGGUGAGAGAGCCAUAUAGCUUGGUGUGGAGUAUUUGUGUUAUACACAAAGCCUAAGCCUGGAGAUCGCUUUUCUGAUGGUGCAAGUUCAGAAAGAAAUAAUCAUUGAUAUGUGAUUGGAGUGUUUCCUUGUAUUCAGACGAUUGCAAAUGUGGAUUUGUAACAAACCAAAUUCAGGGUCAGGUAGCAGAUGUAAAGCUAUCAGAAGAAUGUGUGAAAUUCAUCACUGGAUGGAGUAGCUAGAGGUCUGUCAGUCAUUGGAGCCAUGUUAAACAUGGAGCUAUAUUUAGUUCUUAUUAACCGAGCGGGAGGUCUGUAUGGGAGAAUCUUGACCAAGGUUGCCAGUA